CGAUGGUGGGUUAGCGCUACGCGUUGCCCUGCCUCUGCGUUUGUCUGGCAUGGUUAAAGUUACUCGGUCCGGGCGCGAGUCGACGCGUGACGAAAAAUAUCCCACGCUGCAGACCAAGUCGCGAUAGAACUCAUCUGGGAUAUGUAUUUGCCUUUGAACAAAGACACCAUCACCCACCUCAUCGGGGCAUAUUAGGCAUGGACUCCCCUUCGCCAAAGAAAUCGAAAAAAGACAAGAAGGAAAAAGAAAAGGACGAAAUCAUCAUCCCGCUGGAAGACCUUUCCCCCAUCGCCAGUCCACUGGCGCAGAAAAAACUGGUGAAAAAGCUGCACAAGACGGUUAAGAAAGCCUCCAAGGCCAGGCAGGUGAAACGCGGCGUAAAGGAGGUGGUUAAGGGUAUACGCAAGGGAGAAAGAGGCUUGCUCAUUCUCGCCGCUGACAUCAACCCAAUUGAUAUUAUUUCGCAUCUACCCGUGCUCGCGGAGGAAGCACAAAUACCCUACGUGUUUGUACCAUCGAAGGAGGAACUCGGACACGCGAGCUCGACUAAACGACCGACGAGUUGCGUCAUGGUAUGUCCAGAUCAGAAGCGCAAAGUUCAGAAGGAUGCAGAGGGUGGUAAUGAAGACGACUACCGGGAAGUGUACGAAGAGUGUAGACGGGAAGUAGCAAAGCUUGACACCAAAGUCAUUAUCUGAGCUUAAUAUACGCCCAGUACAAAACGCAUCUUCGUUCAGUACGCUUAACGUUUGGCACUUGGCAAUGCCCCGGGCUUUUUGUGUUGACCGAACCGGU